AGCUUCCCGGAGACUUAGCUGCAUUACACCGUAAGUGCAGACUUAUAGUGUCUGGGCGCUACGAUUAUCAUUAUCUUCUAACAAUCUCGUAAUAGGUGACAAUUCCUUAACAUGUUAAUAUAUACAUUUGGUGAAGAGAGAACAACCUAGUUGUAGGAAUGUGGGCGACGUGUGGUUCGUAAUGUGGCGGCCAUAAACUUUGCUGAAACAGAUGUCCCUAUUAUGGCGCCGUCUUUGCUGCGCGUUAGGCGCCUUGAACGCUGAUACCCAGGAGCAGGGUGUGCAUACUGAUAAUUCAAAUGUCGCAACGGAUGCUGAGAGAGGAACCGCAGCCAAUGUUCGCGUGGUUAUCGCACCAGACGUCGAGAAUGCACAGAAGCAGGUCGACGAAAAUAGUGUUCAGAGCAACAAAGGCAGCGGGCUUCCGGCUGAGAGAGGCGACUGGGAUCAGCCCUCCGUCGCCUUCACCAUUCCCAUUGCUUGUGAUGAUGCCAUAUCACAGUUCUUCUUGAUGGCGGCUGACUGGAAGUCUGUCGUUGUGCAGCUGGUGUCCACGUCAUUGGUAUGGCUCAUUGCUGGCCUGUUUACGCUAUGGCUGGAAAGAACACGUUUUGGUGAGGAUGUGGAGAUAUACCCUCGUACAAGUGCUGCAAGGAGAACAGAGUGGGUUGUGAUUAUCAGUGUCCUAUUCCUCCAGGUGGUCCCCAUUUUGAUGACCAUAUACAAGUCAAUCAAGGGGCUGUGCUACUUAUGGCGUUUUAUUUGCAAGCUCCAGCAGCCUGGCUAUACAACAUCAUCGCUGGCCGACAGCACAGGCUCUGCCAACAGCUCCCCACCUGCCAAAGCUGCCUCUGUUGCCUGUGGUAGCCAAUGCUUCAGUCCACUUCAAAGCAGAUUACUAACUUGGCUGCACAACUAUAAAAAGCGUGUUAUUUGUUGGAUCCGGCCUAGCUAUUAUACCUCAUCACCACCCUACACCACCGACUCUGUCCAGGAUGCCAACACUGACAGCAGUAACCAACACGAUGCCCCACGUCAAACCUGGGCUGGCUGGAAAAGGCUGUAUCUUUGGUUCUGCUGGUCAUCAAUUUUUAUUGACACCCUUCAGCCCUUAGCCCUAGUUGGUAUGUCAGUCUAUGUUGCCCUCUACCGGUCCAAUGAUGUCAAUGAAUCACUACCCGACCCCAACCUGCUCAGUGCCAUCCUCAACGUGGUGGUUCUAUCAUUCCUCGCUACCCUCGACACUGUCAUGCUGAAGACCUUCUUGGAGCUAUGGCAUGGCAGCAGCAGCCGAGUUUGCAUCGCAAUGAACAUUGAGUAUCGGGAUAAUGAGCAUGUACACUAUAAGCGCAAAAUUUCUGAUUCAAUUGAAGACCACUACUGGCGCACUCGGGCGAGGACAACAAAAAUGGAUGUGUUUCAGAGGCUACAUACUGAGGAGGUUGGCAUCGACAAGAAGUGGGAGGCACUCAUAUGUGCUGAUGCUGGGCUGGGUAUCCUUGGUGAUUGGAGUCCUACGCUUAGCAAGUGGACAGCUCGCCAGUUAUUAUUAUAUCUGGUCAAUUUCGGAAUGUUUUCCAAGCACAAGCCAACUGUCAGCGGUAGCCAACCAACGGUUGCUUCUUUGACAUUGCUUGUGGAGAUCUUCUCGUGGGAAGAUGUUUGCGCCUAUCUUCGCAGCCAGUCGCCAUCACCAUCAUCUGCAGUCGUGCCGUGGACCGGCCCUCCCCCCCCUACUGCUGCUGCCAUCGCUGCUGCAUCUGAUGACCAGUGGGCUUACGAAGUAGACCAGGAUGCAACCAAGCAUCUUCUGAGGGACUACCCGGAGCACAUGAAGCGGUUCCCACUGAAAGGUGUCGAAGUUGAUUUUUCGAACACGAAGCUUGGAGAUAAGCACAUGGAGUCUUUGGGCAAGAUGCUUCAGAUCAGUGAUCAAGUCAAGAGCUUAACCUUAUCAGGCAAUCAUGACAUUGGUGAGAGUGGCAUGAAGCACCUGUCAGAUGCUUUAGGGCGCCAUGACGGUUUGGACGUGCUCAACAUCGUGGGUGUGCCGUUAACGCGCAAAGGUUUAGAAUAUCUCACUGAGGCCCUGAGGAUAAACCCACGAGUUCUGUCUGGUGGCCUGGGCAUCAUCCAAAACGUUGUCAAGCAAGACCCUGAUGAAGUUGAUGGCGCCACUGAUCCAAGGACAAUUCACCCAGAUGAUGCUCCCGUGGAGGUCAUCAAUCUUGAACUCAUCAUGGCAAUGGCCAAGCGUGGUGCAAGCCUAAUGUGCUACACAAACACGUUGACGCGUGAGGCUCAGGCAGCCCUGGGCUUUGGCGACCAGACUGAUAACCAAUCAGUGGACAACAAGCAAUCACUGAGUGACAAGGGCUUAAUAGAUGUCGUGGCUGCAUGGAAGCGGAUUGAUUUGGAUAAAAGGGCGGAGAAGGACCUCGUGGAGUUGCUACUGCUCAACCCCGAGGAUGCGGAGGGAUACCCGUGGAAGGAAGCUGAUGUCAACCUCGCUAGGAAGGGACUUGUCUCAAAACACAUUCCCUCACUCAUUAAGAUGCUAGAGCUUGGCCCGACUGACAUCCGAACACUUGAUCUUUCAAGUAACCCCCUCGUUGGCAACGAGGGCAUAGCGUGUCUGGCGAGCGCCCUCAGGGGCGGCAAGCUCAAAGCCGUUGAAACCGUUUACAUCAGGAAAAUUGGCCUCACGGAUAUUGGCAUGAGGGACUUCGCCCCGGCUCUGCCCUUCCUCAAGGUCUUGGACUUGUCAGGUGCGCUGUUGGUUGUAAGGAGUGGCUGUUGAACACCUUCUGCAGCCAGUUUUUUGCAUCAGCGGCAAAGGUAGAUGAAGUGCGUAUAUUGUUG